UGUCGCUUUUAGAAUUAUCAUUUGUUUUGAUUCCCAACCAACCGAAAGAAAGAAAAGAAGUGGGCAUCAUGUAAAAUGAUGAGUCCCCAGUCCCAGUAAUUAAUUUUCUAAUAUUCACACCAUAAAUGCUAUAAUUUAAUAUGGCCAAAAUGGUGUUUGAUCAGUAAAGAUUUGAGCUUUUAUGCAGAUUGGAUCUCAUGGGAGGUCCCCUUUCCUCUUUCAGACUGAAUCUUGAAAUGGGCUCUCAGGAAUGAGCUUUGGUUGGUGAUGGUGGACUACUCAAUGCUUUGAUUUUAAAGGUCAGGAGAGAAAGAUGAAACUCAUGAUACUGGAUUGCUUAGAAGCUUUUGUUGUUGUAUUUGAAUAAAACUAUGGAUAGAAGAUGUCGUCACAACGAGUAAGAGGAGAACUUAUUGAUCGGGAUUUUGAGUCAUUGAGUGCGUCCAAACGUUUCUUCAGAAGACUGAGCCAAAAAUUGAAAAGAAAGAACAAUGGAAAUGAAAGUUAUGAAGAUAACGAGAUGACUGGUGUGUCCUUGAGAUGUCUUACACUUUACGGCAGAGGUGGAGGCUGCAAAGUUGGUGCCGACACGGGUGAAGAGAUUGGGGAUACUGAGAGUAGAAGAAGGUCAAGUUCAAGUAAGGAUGGGAGAGGACAUGCUAUAGUAUCUGGAAACGAGGAAGCAACCGUAGAUUGCUUCUCUUACAAUGUGAAAGAAAAAUUAUGGAGAAGGAACAGCAGGAGGCUUUCAAAAUUUCAAGAACCGCAAAAAAAUAAUAGCAUUAACGCGCACCUUCCCGAUGACAUUCUGGAGAUGUGCUUGGUGAGGCUCCCACUGAGAAGUCUCAUGAAUGCUCGUCUUGUCUGUAAAAAGUGGAGGAACUUGACAACAACAUCUAGAUUUAUGCAGAUGAGGCGGGGAGGUUCUUUCCAAAGUCCAUGGCUAUUUCUGUUUGGUGUCAUUAAAGACGGGUAUUGUUUGGGAGAAAUACAUGCAUUGGAUGUUUCCCUAAACCAAUGGCACAAAAUAGAUUCUGAGGCUCUCAAAGGGAGGUUUAUGUUUUCUGUAGCAAGCACCAAGGAUGAUGUUUAUAUAGUUGGCGGUUGUUCUAGCUUGACCAACUCUGGGAGGGUGGAUCGGAGCUCAUUCAAGACACAUAAAGGGGUUUUAGUGUUCAACCCAUUGACUAAAUCGUCACGUAAAGCUGCAUCCAUGAACCAUGCAAGAUCAUCGCCUGUUUUAGGAAUUUCCAAUGUCAGUCCAGAUUGUUUGAGCAUUAGAAACCAACAAAACCCAUCAGACAGACGUUUCAACAGGUCAAGAGUUGCUGGUGCAUCAGAUGUUUAUGAGGAUCCUCACAGACUUUCUGUUAGACGCCAAUCUAGGCACUCUACCGAUGAAAACAACAGCUCCCUAUUCAUCGAUACCAAGCCAUACAAAUCUUCCGGGCAGAAAAAUGAAAGUUCAUACAGCAAAGAUGGUAAAAGUUUCAUAAUUAUUGCUGUGGGAGGUCUUGGAUCUUGGGAUGAACCGUUGGAUUCUGGGGAAAUAUACGACCCCAUGUCAAAUAAAUGGACUGAAAUCCAACAGCUACCUCUGGACUUUGGUGUGGCUUGUUCUGGAGUUGUAUGUAAUGGGACGUUCUAUGUUUACUCAGAAAGCGAUAAGCUUGCUGGAUACGACCUAAGAACAGGACACUGGGAAACAAUUCAAACCACUCCAUGUCCACCCCGUGUGCAUGAAUAUCAUCCAAAACUUGUAUCAUCUAAGAGACGACUUUUCAUGCUUUCCGUCUCCUGGUGUGAGGGAGAUGGUCAAAUUGGCAGGAGAAAUAAAGCAGUUAGGAAGCUCUGGGAGCUUGAUCUCAUUCAUUUUACUUGGAACGAAUUGUCGGUGCAUCCUGAUGCCCCAAUGGACUGGGAUGCUGCAUUUGUUGCUGAUAAAGAGUUCAUUUUUGGUGUCGAAAUGUUCAAAAUUUUUGGACAGGUUUUAGAGUUUGUGACGAUGUUUAAUGUGUCUAAUGCGGGAACAAGAUGGAGUCACGUAGCGAGAAAUCAUGUGGGGCAUGACUUGGAUGCUGCUUCUUGCAUAACAAAAUCGGUGGCUGUGCUGCGUUUGUAGCUAAGAUAGAUCUGUAACUUUCUUGUCUGUUUCACAAGGUUGUUUCUGAAGCAACCAGGUUGAUUCUUUCUGAUUCACUGCGAUGAUACAAGUUUUCUUAUUUAUUCUUGUACCAAGAUCAUGAGUUUUAUCCAGACAUGGAAACAAGUUGCAAUCA